UUGAUUCUCAUACUGGCAGGUGUUUUGUCAUGAUAGUGACACAGAUACAUUUAUUAUAGUAGUCUGAUUGCAAGUUGGGACAGGAGAACUCACAUUGCCAGCUGUGUGGCUGCGCAGUCUCUGUGUUCUGUUACUAUGGCAUCCUCACUGCUGAUUGAUCUGCUGUCCCUGAACAUAACUCAGCUCUGCCAAUGGGCGGCCUGGCUCUUUGCCCUGCUUGCAAUAUUCAAAGCAUGCAAACUGUACCUGACAAGGAGGGAACUGCUGGCAACAUUUAAAGAUUUCCCGGGGCCUAAGACCCACUGGCUGUUUGGGAAUGUCCACGAGUUUAAAGGAGAUGGGAAAGACUUGGACAUCAUGCAUGGUUAUGCUGAAAAAUACCCUUAUGCCUACCCGUUGUGGAUGGGAAGCUUCUAUCCUGUACUCAUUAUCUGCCAUCCUGACUAUGCAAAGGCCAUUCUGUCCAGACAGGACCCAAAGGAUAAUUUUGCCUACUAUUUUAUUACUCCAUGGAUUGGAAAGGGUCUGUUGGUCUUGUCUGGACAGAAGUGGUUCCACCACCGUCGGCUGAUCACUCCUGGUUUUCACUAUGAUGUUUUGAAACCAUACGUGAAGCUGAUGUCAGAUUGUACCAAUGUCAUGCUGGAUAAAUGGGAGAAACUUGUUUAUGACAACAAGCCAGUGGAGCUAUUUCACCAUGUCAGCCUUAUGACGCUGGACACGAUCAUGAAAUGCGCCUUCAGUUACCAUAGCGACUGCCAGAAUAACAGUGAAAAUGCCUAUAUUAAAGCAGUAUACGAUAUCAGUUACAUCGUGGAUUACCGCUUUUCCUGCAUUCCGUAUCACAAUGAUCUUAUUUUCUACCUAAGCCCCCAUGGAUUCCGCUUUCGUCGAGCACUAAAGACAGUGCAUCAACACACCGCUAGGGUCAUUAAAGAGAGAAUGGAAUCACUCAAAAUGGAUAAAGAGCUUGAAAAGAUAAAACAGAAGAGACAUUUAGACUUCUUGGAUAUUCUUCUGUGUGCAAAGGAUGAAAAAGGCCAGGGUUUGUCUGAUGAGGACAUGCGUGCUGAGGUAGACACCUUCAUGUUUGAGGGACAUGAUACCACAGCCAGUGGGAUCUCCUGGAUGUUAUACUGUAUGGCCAAGUACCCCGAGCACCAACAGAAAUGUCGAGAGGAGAUCAGGGAGAUUCUGGGUGAAAGGAACACAGUGGAAUGGGAUGAUUUAGGUAAAAUGACCUACACCACUUUGUGCAUCAAGGAGUCUUUGCGGCUCUAUCCACCAGUCCCAGAGGUUGCCAGGGAGCUUAGUCAGCCAAUCACAUUCUGUGAUGGAAGGACUCUUCCAAAAGGUGCUAAUAUAGUUCUGAGUAUAUAUAACCUAAAUAGAUGUUCCAGCAUUUGGGAAGAACCAGAGGUUUUUAAUCCCCUGCGAUUCUCCCCUGAAAAUACAUCGACCAGACACUCACAUGCCUUCCUGCCCUUCUCUGCUGGAUCCAGGAACUGCAUUGGACAGAAUUUUGCUAUGAAUGAGAUGAAAGUGGCUUUAGCAUUGACCUUAAAGAGAUUCGAGAUCAGUCCUGACCCUGAGAAUGAGCCGCUAAACCUGGCUCAGCUUGUCUUACGCUCUGUGAAUGGGAUUUACCUCCGCUUCAAGAAGGUGGAAACGGAAGAGAAAAAAUCGAAAAUCUGAAUCAUUUUGUCUGACGGACUUGUGAUAUAAUGACUUUCAUGAGAAUAUU